CGCCGAGACCCUUUCAGAGCGUUUUCCACAACCUCUCCUCACUGUUUUAGUGGUUGACAUUCCUUUACUUUUCGCUCGCUUCAUUUCUCGUUGCAGUCGCUCAUUAUCUCUAACCCCAAUACAUUCAUUACUCACUACUACCCAGAAUGAAACCUCUCGCCAUUUUGGCUGCCCUUGGCAGUCUUCAAGCAAUCGCUGCUCAAGUGAUCCCCGGCAAAAUGAUAUGGGUCGACAAGGCGACGUGUGACCCUUUCGCAAAGGCCAAUGGCUUUCCGUCUGCUGCCGGUUCUGGUGGCCUCUUUACCACUGCCUACGAUAUCAUUGAAAAACUGGUGCUUGCCAACUCGUAUCGUGUAUACCAUCCUACCACUCAAUCGCCAACGACUCUGCCUGCCAAUGUUCUCGCUUGGGAGAGAUAUCGACUCAAUUCAACCUACACUGCUUUUUGGGGCAACAAUACAGCUACGACUUCGAAUCCGGGUGGACCCUUGGGCGUUUGGAACAUAGCAUGGUCCCUUUACGGACUCAAUUAUGUAUGGGGACCUGGGACUGAAACCCCAUUUCUCAUGGUGGUCUGCGAUGAUGCCCCGUACAUAUCGAAGAAUAGCAGCAGCGGCAAAUAUGUUUACACGGACCCUUACUACCAUUUGCCAGUCGAGCUCACCGGCGCAGAGGUUUCGACUGAUGGAAUCACUAAGCCAUGCGCGACAAAUGGCCAGUCGGGAUACAGCUAUGAUAAUAACCAAAAAUUCUACCAAAACAUCAUCUUUUGCACAAAGAACAUGAAGCUUCCAGUGGGCUUUACCAGCAACGGACCUACUGCAUUUCCUAGUGGCACGACGCUUGAUACGGCAGGCAAGAGUUGGCUCGGCGCCUUUUACACACAAGCCUUGUGGAAUGGCGGUGCUGUUGGACUUUACGGAACAUAUGAAAUGCAAUAUGGUUACGCUGCAGCACACGCCUUCAGGUUCCAUCGCAACUCUCUAUACAAUCCUGACUCUCACAAGUUUUUUUCCAUUGCCCAUUUGUUUGACAAUCUAUUCUGGGCUUCUGGAGUUGGCCAGACAUCACAGCAAGAAUAUGCGAGCUUGCAAAAGACGGCUGCUGGUCAGGCACUUAUUGCUGCCUUUGGCCUCACAAAUAUCGCAGUGCCAGCUAGGGGCAUCAAUUGGGCAGCUGCAGCUGGAUGGGUACCACCGUCUCUGAUGAACACCGACUCUCCCUUGGUACCCCCGAUCCCGACCCAUUGAGAAUCCUAUAUCAUUACCUAUGAUAUACUGGGUUAUGGUAUAGAAUCCUACGUAGCUUAGUCUUGCGUCAAAACUGUGUUGGUACACGGGGUCUAUUUCUACUUCUAUAGUAUAUGUAAUUAUUAUUAUUUUCACUUUAUCUCC